AUGCCCGUCCUGUGUGGGGAGGGUCCGCGCGCGUUCUAUGGCCUGCAGGAAGAAAUCGCGAAGACUACUAUCGACACCGGGCUAUUUGCGUGGGGGCCAUGCGCCCCGCUCGAGCGCCUGACGGACUUUGGGGUGCUGGAGAUGUCGCCCGCGGUCACGGCAGCGAUGCGCGCCCCGAUGCCGUUCGACGCGGAGUGCUACUUGCUCGCGCCGGGUCCAGUCGCGUGGACGGGGUCUAGCGGGCAUAUUCGAUUCGAGCGUCCGCCUGCAUAUCCCAUCAUCAAGCUCAUCCUCUCCGUCCCCACCUCUCCGGGCUGCGGGCCCACCCUUGUGACGGUACACAUCGCGAUCCUCUUCUGCACACUGCACACGCUCCCGCUCGGGCUCCCGCUCAUCCCCUGCGACUGGCCCGGUCCACGAGCCGAAGUCGGUUGCCCACUCUUUCGGUGCCUCGGGGGACCGUUCCGAUUGGUGACGAUCUCGCCGGAGGAGCAGCGCAGGUUGAAGGCGCGGUGGACGACGAUCUGGGUCGUCGCGAAACCCCCAGUGUUCGCACCAACGCAGCACCCGCAGCUACAACGGCGCUCGUCCUCGGCGACACUAGGGUCCGGGCUCCAGCGUGCGGAAGAGGCGGCGGCAGCCAUGGAGGUCGCGUUAGCAGCAGCGUCGGGCAGCGGUCGCGGGGUGAUGCGUGCGAUGCGGCCCACGUCGAUGCUGGCGUCGAAGUGGCGGCUCGCGGGCAUGAACGCGUCGACGUGCGCGCCGUUUCGCGUGCCCGACGCGGUCCUGGACGGGCUCACGUUCCGCGAGGGCGGCGGGACGGUGCCUGGGCGGGCGUAUUUUCGCUGCGUUGCUGCGACGUGGGUCGGGGUGGGGUGGACGGGAAAGCCGGCGGUGACGCUGGUGUUUCGCACGGAUGUGUACUGCGUCCCGCACAGGUCGCGUGCGGGGGCCGUCGGCGUGGGGGUGUCGUACCUCGUCGUAACGCUGGGGUGUGCCGGCGCCGGACAGAAGGAGGCAGGGGAACAAGCAAGACAGUGGAGGAAAGCGCGUCGCGAGGUUCCACGCUGA